AAAAAUCAAUUCUUGGAUUAUUAGCCUUGAUCUUUGGUUUUCAAAUUUUAUUUUUUUUGGGUAUAAAUCUUGGGAUUUUGGGGUUUUUACAGUGGUGGGUUUAUGGAAAUUCAAAUUAAAUUCGCAACCACCGUCGAAAACAGGCUUGGGUGUUCGUGUUCUGAUAUCUUCGUCACUUGCUCGCUAUUAUGCAGCUCAGACCAUCACGAUUCACCAUCGUCACCCCAUCACCGCCGUCGCGACCACCACCACCACCCCAUCACCGCCGUCGAAAUCACUACCAUACCAUCAUCCUGCAAAAGAUUAGGUAGGGUGUCCGUUGCAGAGAGAGGAAUUUCAGGGGUUUGCAAAUCCUUCCCCUUCACACAGAUGCGGUCGGUUCUCUCUCAUUUCUCUCAAAUUCGAGAGACUUCUCUCUCUUCAUUUCUCUCAACCUCUAGCCCCAGCGCCGCUCACCCCCAUUCUUCUCCAUCAUCUCUCAUUUAUUUCAUCUUCUCUAAAAAAAAAAAAAACCCUAGCCGCUCAAUUUCUCUCAACCCUAGCCGUCCCUCAUCCAAUUUCUCUCAACCAUGGCCUCCAAUUUAGGCCUCGAGUUCACAAAAUGUGGAGAGCUUUCUCUCUCGUCUGCAAACGAAGGUGGCCGAGUACGAGGGCUCGUGGUGGACCGCCGCCAAAAAACCCGACAAAUCCCCUCGGAGUCAGUUCAUAGCAGCCAAGAACAACUUGCGCGACAUUGACCGCCAAAGCCUCCAACUCAUCGGCUCCAUGCAUUGUUAGGGGGUUUCUAGUUUGGCUGAAGUUUGUUCCAGUUAUUAGUUUCAGAACAGGUAAUGAGCCUUUUAAGGUGUGUGCGCUUUUUUUACUAAGGAUACGUAAUUUGAAAGGUUGACAAUUUCAGUCAUUUGUCUUAAUUAAUCAAUGAUUAGUUUUUUACCUGCCCCAAAAUUUUAAUUUUAUUUUCGUGCCCUGAUUUCAUAUUAUUAGGCGCCUUAUCUUCAUAUGAAAAAUUCCACCAUUUUCAAUUUUUUUGGUAAAGUUAGCAGCUGCCUCUCUCUCGAUCUCUCAGCCCUUUCACGGUCUCUUGCUCUCAGUAAGCUUGAUUUGGAUUGUUCUGUCUCAUAUUGGAAUCUCAACUUCUACCUUUGUAAUUUCGAUUUCAAGUUUUAUAGUUUAUCAGCACAACCAAGAUCAUGAGCAUUUUGGUAGCCUGCAGCUCUCAGUUCUUGACAAGAAGAGGAGUCAUUGGUGGUGGUGCGAGUUUUGCCAUGGCAGAAAUCUCUUCCAAUUCAGCAAAGGUGCAUCCCGUGAAGGGUGAUAUUGCAAGUGCAACUCACGCCAGCAUUUGCGAGAGACUUUCCCACAAAAGCCGUUGGAAUAGAUUUGGACAUUAUGUUUUUUCACACGGCGUUCGUGUGUUAGACCCUUGGAAUCAUGUACAAUACAGGAUGGCGAUGGAAAAGCUUCUGUCUAGCAACUUAAACAGUAAUCUCACAGCGAGUGAAGCGAAUAAGUUCAAACCACCCUUUGCUUGGAAACAGAGGGAGGAACAUCCAGAUUAUGUACCAGUGAGUGUGGAGAAGGAUGCAAGGAGUGACAUUCCUGAUAUUGAAACGAAGAAAUACCAAGUCCAUCGUGAUAUGCCUCUCAGAGAAUUCGUUUAUUAUAUUCAGACUAGCAUCGGGAACUUUGAUAUGUAUGAGCCUAUGUUUGUUCGUUUUAAAAACACUGAGCCUCCCACAGGGGCCUUGAUGUCUGCAAUUGAUGAGGGAAAUAAGGAUGAAGACGGAUUUCUUCGCAUGAUCUACAGUGGAGAUAGAGCCCUUGGAUCAGUUGAAAUGUUACCAGUAAGAACUUCGAUUAUUAACGAGAAUGUCAAGACGAGGAAGUUAGUUCGCACUCCCAUUAAAGUGUUAGACCCGUGGAAUGAUAAAGGUUUCGAGUUGGCUAAGGCUUUGCAUUUUAAGCAUGCUGGAGAGCAACUUGCUUGGGAUCCUGACAUGAGGAGAAGGUUGUUGGACAUGUACGAACCAUGGAGUAUAGAUGCAUGGAAAUUGAGGCAGAAGAAACCAGAUCGCGUACCAGUUUGGGUGGAGAAGGAUCCGAGCAGUGGCAUUCGUGACAUUGGCCCAAAGAAAGACCUCGAUGGCUGCAGUCGAUAAGAAAAACAAGGAUGAAGACGGAUUCCUUCACAUCACCUACAGUGGAAAAGAGAGAGGAGGCUGGACCAACUGAAGUGUUCUGAGUCACUGAUCUGACCUUAGUUCUUAUAGCUUUAUACUGAUGCAUUGUUAAUGGGGAUUAUGCUCUUUCUUUCGCUGAAUCACGACAACCCUAUGACACAGUUAAACAACUAUAUUAUUGUUGUGCUAGGAUAGCACCAAACCUUUUAGAACCAACUCUUUGUAACCCACAGAAAAUAUAUCAAAUGAAAUGCAAGAACAAAAUAUUAAAGA